AUGUUCCAAUGCAUGGAUUGUGGGGAUAAAGUGUUAUGCCCUCGAUGUUCUUGCAAGAAUCAUCGUCUUCAUCAGAUUAUCGAUCUUGAAGUUGUGGAGGUGUCUCUCCUCGAAAUGUUCCAAUGCAUGGAUUGUGGGGAUAAAAUGUUAUGCUGUCGGUGUGCUUGGAGGAAUCAUCAUCCUCAUCAGGUUAUCGAUCUUGAAGUUGCUGAGGUGAAGAAACUGGGGAAAGUGACUCGCGAAACGAUCAUCCCACAAAUUGAGGCCUACAAUGUCUGUUUCCCAGAACUCCAAUCGGAUUUGAUCAAGAAUUUCAAUGAGUGCCAAAAGAAAAUUCUCAGUCGAACCGAUCAACUCGGUUACCUCAAUGGAUUUGCAAAAGCAAAGGAGCAACAGGAGGCUUGCAUAGCAUUUGGCGAGAGAUUCGAGACGAUUUGCGAGAAAUAUUUGGGUGAAUCGCGGUCAUUCAACACCGGUAUUGAGGACAGCCACCCAAAAACCUUGAGUUGGUCUCCAACCGACGAGGGUGAAGGAGUGCCGAUAUUGAUUGGAAUGCCGGCUUUAUGGGUGACAAUGGCCACUCAACAUCAAAUGAUCACCAAUCCGAUUGCCUAUCAUCAAACGAGAAAGAUUUCCGGUUUACGCUGGGAUCUCCGGAGUUUGUUGAUGAUCUUCUAUGACUGGGAAAAGGCUUGUGUUGAUGGGAGUUACUUUAUGGCGCCAACAGAAAUCGCUCAGCGAAUCACGAAGAAUGAGGUUUUCCCCGGUCGAUUCCCUCCACGCCUUCCCCGUCUGAAAUGGCAACUCGUUUACAGUAAACUCCACGACGGUCCCCUCACCGGUUGUCCGGGUCUUUUCUUCUCCACCACUUUAUUUCAAAAGGGUUUGGACAACAAGAGUCCGUUUCCAAUUGGCGGCAAAUCCAAUGCAGGAUAUCAUCGGGUUGCAAUACCAUUAAAGUUCUUGGAGAACUAUCAAAUGUGGUAUCAAAAGAAUCCCAGUCCUCGAUCGAAGGGAAACCGUCGGAAGAAUUGUUUUCAAUACCAAGUCUUGCUCAUUCUCGCCGAUGAGAAAGACGCUCAACACUUUCAAAAUUUACCUAAAUAUUACGAGCCCUUCAAUUUCCGAUUGCCAAAUCCAUUCUUGCAUCUGAGAAAUGGAAAAUGGUGGGCAAACAAUCAAAAUUCGAUUUGGAUUGGUGAAUGGGAGAUAAGAUAUAGAGUGAGUUUGGUGUUGUUGAAGGAUUUCGAGUGGAUUGAUGGAUGUGAAUGGAAAGGGGAUGUGAGAAAAUUGAAUGAUUGUACAGCGAUGAAUAUCGAUGAUAAUAUUUGGGCAAGAGAGGAGCUGGCGAUGUUGGUUUUGAGGCAAUGGGGAGGGUAUUUGAAGAGCGGUGGGAUGGGG